AUGAACUUUAAUAAUAAACGAGGUUCAUUCAAAAGAUCAAGAGAAGAAUUACCUUUGAAUUCAAAUCAAAUCAAUCAAGAUAAAGAAUUUUCAAGACCUUUAAAAAGAAGUUCAAGUCCAACUUUAUAUUCAUCAUCAAAUUCAAAUUCAAAUUCAACUAUAAACUUACCUAAAACACCAGAAAAAUCACGUCACGUAAUUGGUAAAAGAAAUAAACUAUUGACCAGUUUUAAAAAAGCAUUUUCAUCAAAAAAUGAUCAAUCAUCAUCAUCAUCAAAUGUUUGUCAAAAUGUGUUUCAAUCACCAAUUUCUGAUGACGAAGAUUCUAAAUCAACAACUUCAUCAAUCUUAUCAUCACAAUCAAAUUCUCCUUGUCCUUCACCAACUUCACAAUUCAAUUUCCAAACCCCACCAUCAUCACCAUUAAAUUUUAAUAAAUCAUUAACAUUAAGCUUGGAUAAACCUUGUCAUGAUUUUUCAUUUGAUGAUAAUGUUAAUAAUUUACAUAUUUCAAAUUUAUCAUUAACAACAACAACAACAACAAAUACCCAUCAAUGUCAUGAAAUUUUUCAAAUUCCUGAAAUUGUUUCUAAAAUUAUUUCAUUUGUUGAUUUACCUUUUUUACCUCAUGAAGAAUCACCAAUUAGAAGAAGACCAUUAUCUUAUCAACAUGCUUUAUUAAUUUAUAAAGAUGAAUCAAAAGCACAAAGAGUUUGGAAUGAUGCAAUGGAAUCUUCUACAAGAAAUCAAGGAAAUCCAGAAACUAAACGAUCAGUCUCUCAAAAUAAUUUAUAUGGUUGUUUAUUGGUUAAUAAACUUUGGUAUAAUAUAACAUUAGAAAUUUCUACAAAUAAAUUAUUCUUCACAAAUGAAUCUAAAUGGUUAAAUUUUGUUAAUAAAACAAGAAAAACACCAAAAAGAAAAGUUUCAAAUACUUCAUUAUUUAUAAUGCAUAAAAUCACAAAGGCAAAACAAGAAGAUUUAGAAAUAGUAGCACCAUCAAUAAGUGGGAAUUUAGAAUGGAUUGAAAUGUAUAUUUGUCCAAAAAUUUUACCAACUUUUUCAAUGUUACAAGGUUCAUUAUUGAAAAAAUUAAUAUUACCAGGUUCUAAAAUUGUUAAUGAUGAAUUUAUAACAAAAGUUUCAUUAAUGUGUCCAAAAUUAGAAAUAUUGGAUUUAAGAGCAUGUGAAUUAAUUUCUGAUAAUAGUAUUGUUCAAAUUGCACAAAAUUGUUCAAAUUUAAUUAAUUUAAAUUUAGGUCGUCAUCUUAAUGGUCAUUUAAUAACUGAUAACAGUUUAAUCAAUUUAUCAAGAAAUACCAAGAUUCAAACUUUAGGGAUGGCUGGAUGUGCAAUUACAGAUCGUGGUGUAUGGGAAUUAGCAAUUAAUUGUAGUGAUUCUUUGCAAAGAUUAUCAAUUAAUAAUUGUUACAUGUUGACAAAUUUAUCAUUACCUUCAAUUUUCCAACAUGGAUAUUUUCAUAAUGUAUCAGUAUUAGAAAUUAGGAAACUUUUAAAUUUAACAAAUUUCAAAUCCAUUUUACAAUAUCAAAAGGCAAAACAAUCCCAAGGUGAAAUUGUAUUAAUUGAAGGUUGUGAAGUUUUAGAAUUAAGAAUGAGACAAGAAGAAUGGAGGUAUGAAAUGAAAAGAUCUUCAAUGAUUUUAAAUGAUGUUUUCAAUUGGGCUAAUGAUGAAAAUGAUGGUGAUGUUCCUCUGUCUUAUCUUGUAAUGAAUUAA